AUGGCGGCAGACUUGACAGCCACCACUGCUACUACCACCACUACCACAACUGCAACUCCCACGACCACGACCACGACCGCUGCCAACAACCCCCCCAUGGUCAACGCCCCUACCACCACCACCGCCGAACCACCCACAGCAUCGCAGAAACGGAAGCGCAGCACCAGCAGCAGCGCAGCAAUGAAGGGCACCGACGACCCCGCGGGCGAGAAGCGGAAAAUGGUCUGGGACCAGAUCAUGAAGGACCUUGCGGUGGUGCUUAAGGAACACGACACUCACCCCUCCGUCCUCACCACUACAAUCUCACCCCCCUCCUCCUCCUCCUCCGACACCACCGACGGCACCCCGCCCAUCAAACGCGCCAAGCUCUCCCCGCACCCACCGAGCACCAUCGCCUCGCGCCUUGCAUCAGGAACCUACACCACGCCCGCCGCGCUCCUAUCCGACAUCGCCGCCAUCUGCCACGCCCUCGACGCGCCCACCACCGCCCCUUCCACGACCUCGCGCACACCCUCAUCACGCGCGAAUGUGCCCGCCGCCCCGACCUCUUCACCAGCGCGCACCUCCCGCCAGCCACCACCGCCGCCGCGGCCCCCGACCGCGAGAAACUCGCAGGUCCCCAUCCCAUCCUCUGAGCGCCUCUCGCGCUCCCCAUCGGCCUCCGAGUCCUCCCCCGCCGCCUCAACAGCGCCAACGUCAACCUGCGCGUCGCCAAAAACAGCGCCCACAAAAGUCGUGCGCGUCGUGGCGCCACUGAACGAGGCUGCGCUGCCCCCGCUGAUUAGUACCGUCAAGGCGGCCUCGAACCCACUGAAGCGCGAUGCGCCCGAGGACCCGAAGAAGGUGCCGACGCUGGGCGAGGCGUUCCCGCCCGUCCGCAUCAGCUCGCUGGCGCCGCCAAAGGCGGGCGCGGCGGGUGUUGUGGGGUUGAAGUGGGGGGGUGUGAUGGGGCCUGGUGGGGUUGCGGUCGUGAAUGGCGCGAGCGCGCGUGCGGAGCCUGCGGGCGAGUGGCUGCUGUAUCGGAACCAUCCGCCGCGGACGGCAAAGUGGCGGGCGAUGGCGCGUGGGGAGCCGGUGCGGCAGGGGAUGGGGCUGCCGGCGGAGGUUGUGGCGGCGUAUUCGAGCUUUGCGCCGGUGCGGGAUGAUGCCGGGGCGAAGGUGCCGGCGGGGGUUAGGGGACGGGUGUGGUGGGAGAGGAUGGGGAGGGAGAUGUAUAGGGAGAUGUUUGGGGCCCAUCCGGGCGUGGGGCAUAUGUUUAGGGAGAAGGAGGAGGAGGAGGAGGGGAAGAGGCAGGAGGCGGGGGAUGUGGUGAUGAGUGAGGCUGUGGUGGGCGACGGCGAAGACGAGGAGGAGAUGUUUAGGAAGGCUGUGGAGAGCUUUGAGCCUGAUCAGGAUGUCCCGGUUGAUUUCCGGCUGCUGGAGGGCGCGGAGAAGGAGGGCGCGGCGGAGAAGAAGGAGGACGAGGAGGGCGGGGCCGUGGAGGUCGCGGGCGUCAAUGCGGAUGAGACACUCAAGGAGAUCUCGAACCUCCUCAAGCGCCUGCAGAGCCACCAAUACAUCCGUCUCUCCACCGCGCCCACCCCUCCCGCCCCGCGCAUCACAACCACAAACACCCCGUCCACCUCCACCUCCACCGCCACCGCCCCCGCACCCCCCUCUACAACAACCAGCGACACCCCCACAACCCCCACCCCCGAAGAGCUAACCCUCUACAACGACAUCCACACCCGCCUCACCCACCUCAUCUCCACCCUCCCCCCCCACGCAACCAUAACCAUAGACGGCACGCCCACCGCCCCACUCACCAUCUCCGCCCUGCACCCACUCACCUCCGGAACACCAAUCUACACCGGCACCCUCCCGUCCACACCCCCCGCGCCCCCCGCCGCCGCACUCGCAGCCCUAAACGCAGCAGUCGGCAUGUCCCCCUCCUCCGCCUCCUCCCCGGCCCCCAUCGCAAUGAUGUCCCGCACCGCCCCGCCGCCGCGUCUCCAGGGCGCGCCAAACGUACAGACGUACUACACGCCGCAGCAGUACCACGGCCACCAGUUGCCGGCCGCGACAAUGCCGCACCACUAUCCGAGCCCGUAUGCGCCGCCGCCGCCGCGCGUGGUCAGUCCAGGGGUGAGUAGGGUGGGGCAGCCGAUGUUUCAUGCGCAUAGUAUGCCUGCUGCGACGGUGCCGGCGCCGGGGGCGAGGAGGGUGGGGGUGCCGCAGCCGAUGGGGCUGGCGGCGAUUGGGGCGGGGUAUGGAGGGGGUGGGGGGUAUGGGGUGCAGAGUGGAGGAGGAGGGGUGCAGGGGGGAGUGCAGGGGGAGUGCAGGGGCAGAGAGGCGUGGAUGGGUUGA